AUGCUCCAUCUGAUAAAACCAAGGCAACACACUUCUAACCACAAACCACGCGCACAACAAAUACUCCAAGCUCUCAGCACUCAAUCAAACAACACAACAAUGGGUCUUCCUCAACAAACAAACACUCCCGUCGAGAAGCCCUCGACCUCCGAGACGGCAGAGACCACCACCGACUCCAUCCCUGCCGCCGACGUCAGCACACAAAACAGCUCUCUGGGCGCUAUGAAUAGCUCAGAAUUGGCUGGAGGUGCCAUGGGCGGUACCCAGGGUGAUGCCGAAAGAGCGGCCGAGAAGCUCUACGAGGAGAGAAUGGAAGAGGAGUACGCUAAGCGUGAGGGAGGUGCUUAA